AUGAGCUUGCAGCCCCUGCAGAGUCCGUUGAAACCUUCGGCCCUGUCAACCUUUGCGGCCACCACCGUCAGCCCCACAUCCACGCCACUCGGAAGCGUCCGACCAACUGCGUUGAAUGUGCUCCAAGCGCCGAUGCAUGAACUCGCGAGCUUGUGUCCAUUGAAGCCACAACCAUCGGCUCUGGCAUCAUUUGCCGCGACAUCUCCAUUGAAACAGCCGACGCCGGCGUCAGCCCUUUCGUCGUUCGCGGCAAAAGCUGCGACGCCCGCGCAUUCUCCAACCCACUUGUCGCCUGUAGCUCCGUCGGCGCUGUCACCCUUGGCAUCGUCGGAAGCACUGGCUCCACUCAAGAGACCAUCCGCGCUGGCGUCGUUCGCAGCUCAGGACGUAGCCCUUGUUUCGUCAACACGACCAACAAAUCAUGUUCAGAAUCCUCGCGGCGCAAGUGGCGGACGGCCCUUGGCCUCUCUCGGGCUCCACACGAGUUCACAACCUGACGAGAAGGCACGAUCGAGGGACGACGGUGACGCUGGCGACGACAAGGAAAAGGAAUCGAUAUCACCGACGUUUGCCGAGGCAAAAGAUAUCAAGUCGACAAGGCCACAAGAGCCCAGACUCCACCACGAAGAUGAGUCGCCGGAUGAGAAAUCGACUGGUGAUGAAAACUCCGACAAGGAAGAUUUGCCGAGUGACGAGAUCGAGUCGGCGGCGAGCGACAGCGACGAUGCCAAAGAGAGCAAGCUACGUUGGAAGGCAUAUUCUUGCAAAAAGGGGGACGGCCAUCCGCUCGACCAGAAAAGUUCCAUGCGCGGCGGCACAACCCGGACUUGCCCACCUCCGUUAUCGUUCCCCAUCCAACAAACCAACGGCGACCGCAUCUUGCUCGCGAUGGUAAACGAAGACGUGGACGAAUUGAAGCGCUUGCUGGACACAAGCAGCAUGGGCUCCCUCGGCGCGAUUCGCGACAGUUUCGAUCGGUCCGUCAUGCACUAUGCCGUCGGGAUUGGUGCCGAAUCCAUGUGCCAACUCGUGCUCGGGUUCCCUCAAGCGUCAUUCUCCAACCCAUCGUCGCCGCGACAACAGUCCAAAAGCAAAGGCAGCGACGGCAAGCUCCAAUCCGAACGGAGAUGA